AUGCUCCUUUCUACAUCUAAACUUGCAACAUCAAAAUUAUCCAGAUCAUAAUUAUCAAGCCCAUAAAGGUCGACGGUCAAUUAUCUAAGCCAAGAUUUGGAUUCACCAUCAAGACAAAGAAUCAAGUUAUUAUCUGAUAAAUGGAAUCACAUUCAGAAUGGAAUUGACAAGGAUAAAUUGGAGAAGAGAGAAGUAUUAGAGGAGAGAAUUAAAAUCAUUGAAGAUGUGUUAUCAUAAGAAAAACCAAAGGAUGAGUAGAAAUUUAAAAUACUUAAGGAUUAAGUGCUUAAAUUACAAGAUCAUGCACAUAAUUAAAAAUCUGAAAGAGAGGCAUUUGACGAUAAAAAAGAGAAAGAUUUCAGAAUAUUAUCAGACAAUGUUGCACUUUCAUUUGAGCAAGAGAAAAAUGCUAGAGGAUAAGCAGAAACAAAGUUAUAAAAACAAAUAGAUGAAAGAUUUGCUUAAAUUACAUUAACAAUCACUAGAAACACCCAUCAAUAUGAAGAUAGAAGUUAAGCCAAAAUAGCUGAAGUCUUAUAGCAAAUCUCAGUAGUAAAAAACUAAUUAGAUCAAGAAAGAUAAUCAAGAGAAGAGUCAGCAGAAUCUUUAUCUGAAUAGAUUGAUUCUGAAAUUAAUAAGUUUUCUGAUUAAUUACUCGUAGAAAAGAAGGUUAGAGAAGAAACGUAGGGAAAGAUAUUUAGAAUGAUCGAGGAUGUUCAUGGUAAAUUGCAAUAAGACAUCAAUUUUGAAAGAAGGGAGAGAGAGGCCACAACUGAAGCUUUGUUAAAACUGUUGGAAGAUGCAUGCAUCAAAAUAGAUAAAAAUUUUAGAUCAUUUUGAUUUAUCAUUAAUAAUAUAUAUUAAUUAAUUUUUAGUAUACAAUAA